GGUUGAGUUGAAUGUCUGAUAGUGAUAACAUUUGUGGUAUUUUGGAAAAAAAGUGCGAUAAUUGUCCAAGUUUGUAGUUACCAGUAUUAGUAGUGUUUCAGUCGACUGAUACAAAGUGUACUUAAUCAUAUACUCUACUAAAUGUUGCGUAAAUUCACUUCUUUUCUUAGUUAAACAAAAUUGGAUUGUCAAAAUUUGUGUGAAUCGAGGUCAUUUCAUGCCCUGGCCGAAAGUUGGAUGAUGCGUAAACGCAGCGCAUCUGGUGUAAAAUCAGUAAUGGUCGGAAAACAUGUGUCCGAUAAAGAAAUAGUAAUCUGCUUGGUGACCCUUCCUGCCCCCGUGUCUCGACUCUCGCCCUUCGCGCCACGCUUCCGUCUGGCGUGCGACCGCCGACCCGCGCUACAGAUGAGGUCGAUAACCAGGGCCACGCAAAACGACCCCUUUCUUUUGGCCAGACUGUCUACCACUGCCAGCGGAAAGGCCACUAGCGCGGUGCGAGCUCCCAUCGCGACAGCAGAGGCGGGCAUCGAGUCCCCGGCCAAGAUGCAGGCGCGCCCGGCCGCGGCCGCGCUGUCGCCGCCGCCGGUGUCCACCACCAUCCCCAACAAGUCCAAGCGAACUGCCCAAGACUACAUUUUUGGAAAAGUUAUCGGCGAUGGAUGCUACAGCACAGUUUUCUUGGCUAAAGAUAUUCAUACUGGAAAAGAAUAUGCAAUUAAAGUAUGCGAAAAACGCCAUAUCAUCAAAGAAAAGAAAGGCGAAUACAUAAAACGAGAAAAGGAGGCAUUGAAUAUGCUUUCAAAUGUUCCCAAGGGAUUUGUGAGACUGUAUUGCACUUUCCAAGAUGCAGAGAGAUUAUAUUUUGUGUUAUCGUAUGCAAAGAAUGGAGAAUUACUGCCUUACAUAAACAAAGUUGGUUCAUUCGAACUAGAUGUCGCUAAGUACUACGCAGCUGAGCUAGUAUUAGCACUAGAAAAAAUGCACUCUAAAGGAAUUAUUCAUCGGGACUUGAAACCAGAAAAUAUAUUACUCGACGAAAAUAUGCACUUACAAAUAGCAGAUUUCGGAACAGUGAAAAUAUUAGACCCAGAGGUGAUUCGUACCAUACCAGAGGCUAAUAUUGAAGACAAUUCACAGUCAACUGAGCGAGAGCGAAGACGUAACAUGAGUUUUGUCGGGACAGCCCAGUAUGUCAGCCCUGAGCUUCUGCGCCAUCGCGAAGACACCCGGGCAUCGGAUCUGUGGGCCCUAGGAUGCAUAAUUUAUCAAAUGAUUUCGGGUCUUCCUCCUUUCCGUGGCCCUAAUGAAUUCCUUACUUUCCAAAAGAUAUUAAAGCUGGACUACGAGUUUCCCGAGGGCUUCCCAGCAGAUGCCAAAGAUUUGGUGGAAAAACUUCUUAUUUUGGAUCACACAAAGAGGCUAGGAGUUGAAGAUAAGGGGGAAACAUACGAGAGUAUUCGCAAACACCCAUUCUUUAACGGAAUUGACUGGGAUACUGUCUUGGAACAGUCUCCACCAACAAUCAACCCUUACUUGCCUGGAGGUUCAUUUGAAGAAGAGUACACCGUUCCUGACCAUCUUGAACCCGGAUUAGGAAACAAUCAGCUUGUACGUCUGUGGGAAUUCGACCUGUCCACUUCAAAAGGAAUUCUCAGCAUAAGCCCUGAAGAGCGCCGUCGUCGUUUGGAGGCACAAGCAAGAGAAAACAAAUACCAUCAAUUUGUCGAUGGUGAAUUAAUUCUGAAGCAAGGCUUAGUUGACAAGAGGAAGGGAUUGUUCGCAAGACGACGAAUGCUCCUGCUGACAACUGGCCCACGACUAUUCUACGUUGAUCCAGUCAACAUGGUUCUAAAGGGAGAAAUACCUUGGUCUCCAGAGCUGCGCGUGGAAGCCAAGAACUUUAGAAUAUUUUUAGUUCAUACGCCCAACCGCACAUACUAUUUGGAGGAUCCUGAAUCAUACGCAUUGGAGUGGGCUCGUGUCAUAGACGAAGUACGCAUCGGCACUUAUGGCCAAGAUACAACUUAAGGUGCGUCGAGCUCGUUGCUUCGAAUCGCGCCCCCGCCCCGCUCCCCAUACGGCGAGUGCACACUACUAGGAUACAACUAGCCUUCAUUUCGAGCACGAUGAUAUCAGGAAUGCCUUGCGAUGUUGACCUAUCUGCCCUAAAGGGAUGUCAACCCUUCUGCACCAUCAGACGCAGACGUCGACCUGGUGUGCAGAGUGCCGGAUGAACGCAACGCGUCCUCGUCGUCACAUACGGAUCGAGCGUUGCCGAAUAUGUUCCAAGCGCGCCGAGACGUAGAGUGCAGAAGAAAAUGUGUACAAAAUUACGAAGAGAACAGCGUACGAUUAAUUACGGUCGAUUCUGAAUGACUGAUUCCUAUAAGUAUGUCCCGAAUACCCUUAAGUUAUUCUAAUUUAUGAUUAUUUAAAAUUCGAUAUUGCUAAUAAUGAUGUGUAAAUAUUUGUCUUAAAUUAUUGUUAUUAAUAUCGCUUAGUUUAGUGUUAAUGUAUAAUCGUGGGCCGGCGCAGCAUCACGAGACCGUGGUGCUGCAGGCCUAGUGUAAGGACGAACUUGUUAAUCGCCACCCGCGUGUUCACAUAGCUCAUUCCGGUUGGUAAGUAGCCAAUUAUUAGCUAAAUUAUUAUUUAUUUUAUUUUAAUAAUUUGCCAACGGGAUGUGACUGUUGUACAGUUCUUAAAGAUAGAAAAUUUUGUUCGGAUAAUCUUCUUUACUUCUAUGCCAAUGACAUUUAGGAUGAUUGUAAUUUUAAUAUAUUUGAAAUUUAAUUAAUGAAAGUUGAUUAGUCUAAUGGGUUGGGUCAUUGGCAUUGUAAUUAGAAGGUGAAGUAAAAAGAACGAUAAUUUAAAGGGAGUUAGUUCCAGGCGCCAUGUUUAGUAUAAAUUACACAACACAUGAUGAUAGCCGGCAACAACCUUGCUUAGCAGAAAUUUCGCUUUACUGUCUCUGUUUGACUUAAUUUCAAUUGAGAUGUUAUAGAAGAUAGAAGUAAGUGCAUUUAACCAUGCAUCUUACUUAUGGUUUAGAAAAAGUAUACGGCACCAAAGGUGAUUGUUUGGAUAAUUAUGAUAACUCAAUCUUAUUUUCUUAAUGUUAGAAUUAUAUUGGUUUUGUAGAUCUUGGAAUAGUUACUUUGAUGAGUUUGAUUAACAAGGUGUUUGAGUUAAGUAAUACUUUCUAAAACCUCAAAAUUAUCAAUGUCAUGGCAUAUAAAUUAGCAACUUUAGUAUAAUAUAUACAUAUUUAGUGGAAGACCAGUUCAUUAUUAAUUUAUAAAUUGUAACUGAUGUUUUUUAAUUUAUACUACUAACCAAUAUAACUAUUGUAAAAGAAAGCAAGACUUCCACAUAAGCUAAAUUCAACUGUGAAUGUGAGGUCUUAAAAAUGCCUAAAACUUGCCUAGCAUUAUUUGAUGUAAAUUAGGGCUUAAUGUAAAAUUGAUUUUUAAUCCAUAUUAAUUAUGAUUGUUUAAAACCGUUAGUUCCAAAUAAACAUUACAAAUGUUAAAAAGAGGUGUAUGUGGAUCAGUAGACACUAUUGGACUCCAAACACAACCAUGACAUUGUUAAAAACAAACUGCAUUUAAAAUUUAACAACCUGUUAACUGUUGUAAUUGUAUUUUACAACAUUUGUACUGCGUAAUUCCACAAAUUAACAACAUGAAAAUUUAAAUAAAUGAAGUUGAUUUUA